AUCCUGGCGAGCAAGGCCCGUUCCCACCCGGAGUCGCCAGCCUGGACAUCCCUUUGCGACGCUGCGAAGCCUCCACCUGCCGCGCGAGGGAGGGGCGGUGCCGAGGGCGGUGCCGGGGCGGUGCCCCUGGAGCGGAGGCGGGAGCCCGAGCGCUCGCCAGGGCUGCGGCUGCGGCAGUCGUCCUAGCGGGUGCUGGGGCAGAGGAGCGGCGGGAGACGGCUGGCGAGGAGAGAGAUUGCGAGACUCCUGAAAGACCUGCGACACUCGAGACCAGAGACCCGCUGUGGGAGACCUGGGGCUCCGGGCGCGAGCGAGUUUUCUUUCGCUCGUGGGGAGCGUGCCCAGUGUUCGCCGCAUGGCCGGGACUCCGGGCCGUGAUCCUCGGGGCGCCCCCAGGAUUUGUUACCUUCUUGGCUCCCUGCUGGCCGGACUGCUCGCCCCGGGGGCUGUCGCCUUCAAUCUGGACGUGAUGGGCGCCCUGCGCAAGGAGGGCGAGCCGGGUAGCCUCUUCGGCUUCUCGGUGGCUCUGCACCGGCAGUUGCAGCCCCGACCCCAGAGCUGGCUGCUGGUGGGAGCUCCGCAGGCCCUGGCUCUGCCUGGGCAGCAGGCGAAUCGCACCGGAGGCCUCUUCGCUUGCCCCCUAAGCCUGGAAGAGACUGACUGCUACAGAGUGGACAUUGACCGCGGAGCUGAUGUGCAGAAGGAGAGCAAGGAGAACCAGUGGUUGGGAGUCAGUGUUCGGAGCCAGGGACCCGGGGGCAAGAUUGUCACCUGCGCACACCGGUACGAGGCUCGGCAGCGAGUAGACCAGAUCCUGGAGACCAGGGAUGUGAUUGGUCGCUGCUUCGUGAUAAGCCAAGACCUGGCCGUCCGUGAUGAGUUGGAUGGUGGGGAGUGGAAGUUCUGUGAGGGGCGCCCUCAGGGCCAUGAGCAGUUUGGGUUCUGCCAGCAGGGCACGGCUGCUGCCUUCUCCCCCGACAGCCACUACCUCCUCUUUGGGGCCCCGGGAACCUACAACUGGAAGGGCACCGCCAGGGUGGAGCUCUGUGCGCAGGGCUCAGCGGACCUGGCACACCUGGACGACGGGCCCUACGAGGCGGGGGGUGAGAAGGAGCAGGACCCCCGCCUCAUCCCGGUCCCUGCCAACAGCUACUUUGGGUUGCUCUUUGUGACCAACAUUGAUAGCUCAGACCCUGACCAGCUGGUGUAUAAAACUUUGGACCCCGCUGACCGGCUCCCAGGACCAGCCGGAGACUUGGCCCUGAAUAGCUACUUAGGUUUCUCCAUUGACUCGGGGAAGGGCCUGGUGCGUGCAGAGGAGCUGAGCUUUGUGGCAGGGGCCCCCCGUGCCAACCACAAGGGUGCUGUGGUCAUUCUGCGCAAAGACAGUGCCAGCCGCCUGGUGCCUGAAGUGAUGCUGUCUGGGGAGCGCCUGACCUCUGGCUUUGGCUACUCACUGGCUGUGGCUGAUCUCAACAAUGAUGGCUGGACAGACCUGGUAGUGGGUGCCCCCUACUUCUUUGAGCGCCAAGAAGAGCUGGGGGGUGCUGUGUAUGUGUACAUGAACCAGGGGGGUCACUGGGCUGGGGUGUCCCCUCUCCGGAUCUGUGGCUCUCCUGACUCCAUGUUCGGGAUCAGCCUGGCUGUCUUGGGGGACAUCAACCAAGAUGGCUUUGCAGAUAUUGCUGUGGGGGCUCCCUUUGAUGGGGAUGGGAAAGUCUUUAUCUACCAUGGGAGCAGCCUGGGGGUUGUCAUCAAACCUUCCCAGGUGCUGGAGGGUGAGGCCGUGGGCAUAAAGAGCUUUGGCUACUCCCUCUCGGGCGGCCUGGAUGUGGAUGGGAACCGUUACCCGGACCUACUGGUUGGCUCCCUGGAUGACACCGCGGUGCUCUUUAGGGCCAGACCCGUCCUUCAUGUCUCCCAUGAGGUCUUCAUUGCUCCCCGAGCCAUCGACCUAGAACAGCCUAACUGUGCUGCUGGCCACUCGGUCUGUGUGGACUUGAGGGUCUGUUUCAGCUAUAUUGCAACCCCCAGCAGCUACAGCCCUAUUGUGGCCCUGGAUUAUGUGUUAGAUGGAGACACAGACAGGAGGCUCCGGGGCCAGGUCCCCCGUGUGACCUUCCUGAGCCGUGGCCCAGAUGACCCCAAGCACCAGGCCUCAGGCACCGUGUGGCUGAAGCACCAGCAUGACCGAGUCUGUGGAGACACCAUGUUCCAGCUACAGGAGAAUGUCAAAGACAAGCUUCGGGCCAUUGUGGUGACCCUGUCCUACAAUCUCCAGACCCCACGGCUCCGGCGACAGGCUCCUGGCCAGGGGCUGCCCCCUGUGGCCCCCAUCCUCAACGCUCACCAGCCCAGCACCCAGCGGACAGAGAUCCACUUCCUGAAGCAAGGCUGUGGUGAAGACAAGAUCUGUCAGAGCAAUCUGCAGCUGGUCCAAANGGGAAGGUGUUCAGAUUUAGGGUGUGAGUGGGAUCUGACUUCCAGGGAUGCAGAUGGAACGACAGCCCUGUUUGCCCUGAGUGGGCAGCCAGUCAUUGGCCUGAAGCUCAUGGUCACCAACCUGCCCUCGGACCCGGCCCGGCCCCAGGCUGAUGGGGACAAUGCUCAUGAAGCCCAGCUUCUGGUCACCCUCCCCACCUCUCUGCACUACUCAGGAGUCCGAGCCCUGGACCCUGCGGAGAAGCCGCUCUGUCUGUCCAGUGAGAAUGCCUCCCAUGUUGAGUGUGAGCUGGGGAACCCCAUGAAAAGAGGUGCCCAGGUCACCUUUUACCUCGUCCUCAGCACCUCAGGGAUCACUAUUGAGACCACAGAGCUGGAAGUGGAGCUGCUGUUGGCCACGAUCAGCAAGCAGGAGCUUCACCCGAUCUCUGUGAGAGCGCGUGUCUUCAUUGAGCUGCCGCUGUCCAUCACAGGGGUGGCCAUUCCCCAGCAGCUCUUCUUCUCGGGUGUGGUGCGCGGUGAGAGUGCCAUGAAGUCUGAGCGGGAUAUAGGCAGCAAGGUCAAGUAUGAGGUCACGGUCUCCAACCAAGGCCAGUCGCUGAACACCCUGGGCUCUGCCUUCCUCAACAUCAUGUGGCCCCAUGAGAUUGCCAACGGGAAGUGGCUGCUGUACCCCAUGCGGGUAGAGCUGGAGGCUGGGCAGGCAACCGGGCAGAAGGGGCUGUGCUCCCCGAGGCCCAACAUCCUCCAACUGGAUGUGGACAGCAGGGACAGGAGGCGGCGGGAACUGGGGCAGCCGGAGCCGGAGAAGGAUCCUGAGCAGCCGGAGCCCAGCACAUCCUGGUGGCCGGUGGCCUCCGCGGAGAAGAAGAGAAACAUCACCCUGGACUGUGCCCGGGGCACUGCCAACUGCCUGGUGUUCAGCUGCCCUCUCUACAGCUUUGACCGCGCCGCUGUGCUGCACGUCUGGGGCCGCCUCUGGAACAGCACCUUCUUGGAGGAGUACUCUGCUGUGAAGUCCCUGGAAGUCAUCGUCCGAGCCAAUAUCACUGUGAAGUCAUCCAUCAAGAACUUGCUGCUCAGAGACGCCUCCACAGUGAUCCCGGUGAUGGUUUACCUGGACCCUGUGGCCGUGGUGGCAGAGGGAGUCCCCUGGUGGGUCAUCCUCCUGGCCGUGCUGGCCGGGCUGCUGGUGCUGGCGCUGCUGGUGCUGCUGCUGUGGAAGAUGGGAUUCUUCAAGCGGGCGCGGUACCCUGAGGCCACCGUGCCCCAGUACCACGCGGUGAAGAUCCCACGGGAAGACCGGCAGCAGUUCAAGGAGGAGAAGACAGGCACCAUCCUGAGGAACAACUGGGGCAGUCCCCGGCGGGAGGGCCCCGAUGCGCACCCCAUCCUGGCUGCUGAUGGGCACCCUGAGCCAGGCUCCGACGGGCAUCCCGUGUCAGGCACUGCCUAGCUCCCUGUGUCCCAGCCUGGCCCGUGGAUCCCUCCACCCUUUCCCCAGACAUGGCUCCUUGGGGUGAAGAGGGUAGAGUGGUUUGCUGGUGUCUCAUCAGAAUGUGACAGGAUCUGCUUCCCCAGGGACAUAGGCAUCUCCCCACCCCCUCAAGGAGUGCCCCCCAAGACUUCCCCUUAGAACACUGUGAGAUGAGGGCAGUAAAUCAGGAAUGGGGUUGUGGGGUGGGUGGAGAAGGGCUGUGAUGUCCUGAUGCAAAUGUGGGAGAAAGGACCCUGAUCCCUCCCGCUCCCAUUCACCCUGUUUAAUAGGACCCCAAGGACCUGUCCCCCUGAAAGUGCCUUAAGACCAGAGGGAUGGGGAGGAGAUUGUGUUGCUGACUCAGGGGCUCUUCCCUCCCUAGUUUCCCCUCCCCUCUGGCCUUAGUUUGCUGCAUCAAUCUAGUGGAUUUUGCCUAUUUAUUAAAAAAUAUUUGAGGACAAAACCUCCAGCUU